ACGAGCGCGGCGGCGGCGACAGCGGCGGGCCAGGCAAGAGCACAACAUGGCGGCGGGCAGGACGGACCGAGCUACAGCAGCGGCCGCGCGAGGAAGUGAGAUGAGAAAAUUUAAAGAAGACGUGUAAUUUCUCCAAAGUCGCCCAGCUCAGAAAUGCCCUGGCGGAGAAUGUGAAGAUGAGGCCAGAGGGAACAUUGAGAAGAAGGAUCUCAGAGAAGGAAAAUUCAACAGAACCUAGGAAGUGCAACUGCUAUUGCCUGGGCCUUUGUUCCUGGAAUGGACUCUGAGAGUGCAUGAUGCAGCUUGGAGGACUUCUCCUCUGGGAUCCCUCCCCACUGCCCCCACCGCUUCCUGGGGUGAAUGAGUCCUCUGUAGCCAUCAGGAUUCGCUGUAUCAGGAGUGUUCCUCUGCUGUCACCUCUGAUGACUAUUUUCCUCAAUUCAGAAUCCCCAGCACCUGCAAAAGGCCUGGAUAAAGACCCUUUUAUCACAUCGCCUCCUCCUGGGAGCCUGCCCUGAUUGCCUUCACCUCAUUUCUUGAAAAUUGGUGUUUUGGCAGAAGUCAAUUGAAGCCUUGUGCAAAUGCCCUAGGGGUGUGCUGUUGGGAGGCAGCCCCCUGUGAUGCGGAACACCAGGCUCAGAUUCAUCAGUUCGAGCUGCCUGAGGCCCUGCCACCCCGGGGACCAUGUUUAACGGGGAGCCAGGUCCUGCCUCAUCUGGGGCCUCCAGGAAUGUGGUGCGGAGCUCCAGCAUUAGCGGUGAAAUCUGCGGAUCCCAGCAAGCCGGGGGCGGGGCUGGGACCACCACCGCCAAGAAGCGGCGGAGCAGCCUGGGUGCCAAGAUGGUGGCCAUCGUGGGCCUGACUCAGUGGAGCAAGAGCACACUCCAGCUUCCGCAGCCUGAAGGGGCCACCAAGAAGCUGCGCAGCAACAUCCGCCGGAGCACGGAGACAGGCAUCGCGGUGGAGAUGCGGAGCCGGGUCACACGCCAGGGCAGCCGGGAGUCCACCGAUGGGAGCACCAACAGCAACAGCUCCGACGGCACGUUCAUCUUCCCCACUACCCGGCUAGGGGCUGAAAGCCAGUUCAGCGAUUUCCUGGAUGGGCUGGGACCAGCUCAGAUUGUGGGGCGACAGACACUGGCAACACCACCCAUGGGAGAUGUGCACAUUGCCAUCAUGGACCGGAGUGGCCAGCUGGAGGUGGAAGUGAUUGAAGCUCGGGGCCUGACCCCCAAACCAGGCUCCAAAUCCCUCCCAGCCACCUAUAUCAAGGUUUACCUGCUGGAGAAUGGGGCCUGCUUGGCCAAGAAGAAGACAAAGAUGACCAAGAAGACCUGUGAUCCCCUGUACCAGCAGGCUCUGCUCUUUGACGAGGGACCCCAGGGCAAGGUGCUGCAGGUGAUCGUCUGGGGAGACUAUGGCCGCAUGGACCACAAGUGCUUCAUGGGCAUGGCCCAGAUCAUGCUGGACGAGCUGGACCUCAGCGCCGCAGUCACCGGCUGGUACAAACUCUUCCCCACCUCCUCAGUGGCAGACUCCACACUCGGAUCCCUCACCAGGCGCCUGUCCCAGUCUUCCCUGGAGAGUGCCACCAGCCCCUCAUGCUCUUAAGGAUGUCAGGAAGAGGCCAGGAUGGUGGUGUGGGGAGGGGUGCCUGCUGGCCCCAUGUCCUCCCCUGUACAUAGUCUUCGUGUCUUUCUGGACCCCUUGUCCUGCUGCAUGCCUGUUGGCUACUGGGCUCAUCCCAGCUGGCAGUGGAGACUGUAGUGUGUGCGUGUGUGCGUGCGUGUGUGUGUGUGCGUGCGUGUGUGUGUGUGUGUACGUGACCACGUUCUAUCUGUUCAUUUGUCUGGGUAUAGUCACUCCUGGUGAUGAUAUGGGCUGAAAUGUCUCCACGUCUCUUUGUGUCUUGUUGAAAAGAAACCCAAAGGAGUGUUGUGUGGACAUGACUCACCCUGAGGAGUCUCCAGGGAUGGAGGUGGGGCACGCGGCCACUGGUCGGUGCUGCCUGGUCCUGGCCUGGGGCAGAGCCUGUGUGUUCUUCAGCUGUGCCUGCUCCUGGUCCUGGGCCCGGGGCAGAGCCUGUGUGUUCUUCACCUGUGCCUGCUCCUGGUCCUGGGCCCGGGGCAGAGCCUGUGUGUUCUUCACCUGUGCCUGCUCCUGGUCCUGGGCCCGGGGCAGAGCCUGUGUGUUCUUCACCUGUGCCUGCUCCUGGUGGUCUCUGCUUUGUUUUCUGUCUUGUCUUUUGUUCCACUCUUGACUCUCCCGGCUCUGCCGCUGUUUUCUGAGAAAUGUAGCAUCCGCUGCAGCUGGCCACACUGAGGGCCCUCUGGGAACCCCACCCCACUGGAGCCGCUCCAGCAGCUCUUCCUGCCACUGAAUGCGUUCUGCAGCAUGUAGCAUGCCCACCUAGCUCCCUGGCCAGGGCCCUGGGGAGGCAGAGGGUACCCAGGGGACUGAGGGCUUAGAAAUGACUUUCUCUAUGAGGCUGGAACCUCCUCCUUCUUCCAGUGAAGCACGAGGUCUUGGUUCCAGGGUUCCUGGCCAGGUGCCCCCUUAGCAUUUGUUCUUCAUCUCCUGUCUCUUCAAGCCUCCCCACUCCACCGUGCCGAAGGAGCUCUGCCAGUGGGCCUGGGCAGGCAGCCACAGAGGGCAUGUUAUCUGCUAAAGCAGAUAGUCCUCCUGAGGCCCUGAGGGUGGCCCUGACCCCCUCAGGGCUCAUUCCUGGUGGGCAUGACUCGGUAAGGAGGUGCUGUGGGUAGGGCUGUUUGCUGGAAUAAGGAGGGCUGAGGCUGACUUGUUCCCUGCCACUGUUGAGGAUCCCAUCUGACAUUUGGGGAUUCGCUGCAUGAAGUUGUUCAUUUGGGGCUCCAGUUUUUGUGCAUUUCCAGACCAGGGUCCCUGUCUGGGAGCUCAGACUUAGCUGGGCUCCAGCAGCCUGGCUCCGGACUCUCGUCUGCCACCAUCACCAGCUCUGUCUAAGCAAUACUUACCCCCCCGGGCUUCCCUGCUUUCCUGUGCCCCACUGCUGCCCUCUGCAGAGCCAUCUGCUCCAGGCACCCACCUGCCUCUGCUUGCUUUCUCACCCAUGUCUGGUUGGAGCUUCUCACAGCCACUCAAACCCUGACUUGAUUUGACAACUGGGCCCUGUUGGUGGAGACCAGUGCCUGAACUGGACCCUGUGAAAUCUGUCCCGUGGGAAUCCUGAAGUCUGACUCAGGAAUGCCCAGACCUGUCCCUGUCCCUCCUCAGCUCUAGGGUGAAAGGCGAGAGGUUGCUCAGGACAUGGACAGAGCAGCCCUUGGGUUUGUAUCUGGUAGGGAAGAAGGCAGCAGGACAGUGGAGGUGUGUGGAAGGCACUCUUUCCACCUCCCCCCAGGCAUUAUCCCCAGGUGCUGAAAUGGCUGUGGCCCCAGCACCUGAGGCAGGGGUACGCUACCUGGGGUAGCAGUAGAAAGGUCUUGGGGUCUGAAUGACUUGGGGCCUCCAUUCAUAACCAAAGUUGGAGGGGCAUGGAGGCAGUGGCGCCUUAUGGAUAGGUCAUCUCAGCCCAAAGGGCCUCCUUGGCUGGCAUGGUUCUGUGUUACGUUGAAGCCAGAGUCUUAUAACACCUCCCAAGAAAGAUGGGGGAAGAAGCCAGAACCCCACCUGGCCUGCCCACAGGACAAGAAGUGGGUAAGGGCAGGAAGGAAAUGAACAGAGUUAGCUCCAAGGCUCCUAUCUCUGCCUGAGCCUCUAUUCUUAUAUUAUCAGAGAAAGGGACCAUUGGGUGCAUAGAGAUGGGGAGGAGGCCACUGGGCUGAAUUUUCUCUUUAGGCGGAAAUGCUCUCCCCAGGCCCAUUGCGUUCGUCAAGUUCUUGGAAAUGGACAAAGGGCUCUGUCCUCCUCGACCCUAGUGGGGGAUCAAGAAGGAAACUCCGUUGCAAAAGGGUAUUUUAAUCUCCUGUUUAUGAUAUAUUCACCUCUAGAGCAGUCACUGUCAGGGUGUUGCGAAAAUACUCUUCACCUUUGGGAUGAUAGGGUUGUUAGUGACCCACAGGACAGUAUAGAUGUUUGUGGAUGUAGCACUGAGUGGUGAUACCCAGACCAGCAGUCACCCCAGGAAAUGGGGGCUACCCAUACCCUCAUUCCUCUGGUGGGGAGCUGCCUGCAGAGAGGCCUGCCACUGGGGGUUCCAGGCCGUGGUGCCCCUUGCCUCUAGGGAAGGGUUAGCACAGGGGAGGUUCUGGCUGGAGGAGGGGUCUGAUGUGCUGGUAACUUGGGCUGACCUACCUACAGUCCCUGGCCGCCAAAACUGCUCAGCAGUUGGGCCACUCCACUAUUCCACCUCUCUAAAAGAAGGUAAUUUCCUCCCCAAAUUGACCUUGGGGAAUUAUUCUUUUAACCCUUUGCACCAAAUAAGUUACUCAUCCCCACCUGGAUUUUACCCCAUGAGGGUAAAGUUGUGUGAGGCUGACACGUCUGUGUGAUGCAGUGUGGCUGCACUUAAGGGUCUGUUUCUCAGCAUCAUGGAUGCAGGGGCUUGUCUGAAAAGCCACUCUGGACCUAGCCUGUCCCAGAAGAGGAGAAUGCACAAGUGUAACUCCUGGUUGUUUGCUGGGGUGGGGGAGCAUCUGCUGUUUGAGGACGGGGGGUGGGGAAGGAAGGAACAUGAUCCCUCCAGAAGUCUCCCACCCUGGGGCCAACUCACUGCCAUGUUCAGUGUCCCGGCUCCAAAUGCCCCCUCGCCCAGAUGAAGCCCUGCAGUGGUUACAGGAAUGGAGCUCUUUGUCAUUCCACCUCCUCUGGUCAGGCGAGGUUCACCGUGCAUAUGGCAGAGACAGGAGUGGCCCUGCAGUGAUGUUGGGUUGUGGGCAGGGACAGUGAUGGAUGACUCAGAGCGUCUGUCUUUGUAUUUCUGCUCUGUUCAUUCUGUCCCACUUUCUUCAUAGACUCCUUUUCCCUGCAAUGGGUUUUUAGUAUGAAAAAGGCUCCAGUAAAUGGAGCCAAGUCUUGGUUUGACAAGGGGAACUUGAUCCUUCAGGGAAGAAUCAUCUCCAAAAUGACUCCCCAUCUGGUUUCUUCUACCACCCAAUUCUACUAGGAAAGGAGCACUUAGGAGGCUCUUGGGAUGCAGCAAGUCCCAGGCAAUGCCAGCAUUUCAUGGGGGCUGAGGCAGAACCCAGGAGCUCCAAGAAAGGCCACCCAUAGAGCUCAUCCUCUGUGGAAUCACUGCCGGUUAGAACACUGAGGUCAAGCCAGUCCUCCCAUGGUCAUGCCACCCACCAGGGAAGCAUGCCUGAUCUCUUCUUUACUGCCAGCCUUGAGGAGAGCAGAAGCCUCCAUUUUUAAAGACAAUAAAGACCUCCAAGGGUACUUCUUUGGAAAUGAAAUGUAGCACAAUCUUAGCCUACGUUACCAGGAGCCCUGACAUGCAACCAGGGUCCCUCUUCCAUGCCCUGCUGCCCAGGAGAUGCUGAGCUCCUCUUCCCCUGGGGUUCCAGCCCUCCUAAUACCUCAUAUUCCCCAUCUUCCUCAGCCCAGAAAGCAAUGGGGCUUUAGUGAUGCUCCUCUUUUGUGUCUCUCUGGUUGCCUCUAGCACUGUGCAAACUCUGCAAGAAAUUGCUGCCUUUGCUUGAUGUUGUAGAUGAGUUGCCCUCCACCUGGCUGGAGAGAUGGCACAUCAUUCAGGGCCAGAAGGUUGUCCAGCAGUGUUUCUGCAGUGGCUGCAGGGAGAUGGAAAAGAAGAGCCCUGCUUCCCUGCCUCCUCCUACCUUUCUCUUCCACUCCUCAGAGUUUUCUUCUCCAGUAUCCUGACAUGUAAAGAGAUUCUUUUAAAUGCUGCUUCUUCUACUGGACUGUCUUUCACUGAGUAGUCAGGGAGGAGAUGAAAAUGUGGACACAUCCCCCCGCCUUCUCCCUCAACCUUUUCACUCACGUCAGAAGAGGUUGGGGCAAAACAAAACAAGCAUGAUUGAAGAGCAGGGGAAGCCCACACAAUCAGGUGAGGCCUGAUGGGGGCUGGACUGGCCUGGUCUGGCUGGGAAAGGAUUCUUUUAAAAGCGUGCCUGAGCAUCUCAGAGCAAUGUCAGUGAUGCCAAAGAGAGCAACUUGGCCUCCUUGGGCACCAACUCUGAUGGCUGAGUUGCACAGACGUGGCUCAGAUGUUGGCAUGCCCGACGGUGGGACCUUGUUCUCUGAUAAAGGGCUUAAUCUUUCCAUGUAGCAAAGCAACUUUCCCUCCCUCCCCUCCCCCCGAACCCUGAGCUUGGGCUUGUGUGGGCCCAGCAUGGCUGUGCCUGUGAGGGAAGCCACAUCAGUGAGAGAAAGUUGCAUUCUCUCAGGGGCCUAGAUUGGCUUGGGGCAGGUGCUUGUUGAAAAGCAUGAGUGUUUCUGCUUUGGGAAACCCUUCCAGGGCUCUGGCUGGAAACUUGGCCAGUAAGGACAGGGCCUUGGGCCUCCCAAGGAGUUCACAAUGAUGCCAGGAAGGGUCCCUGAGCCUGGGUUCCAGUCAGCUUGGCUAACAGAAUGGGGCUUGGGAAUUCCAGGGGCAACUGAGCAUCCACCCCAUUAGCCAGUGAUCUGGACAGGGACAGCUGGCUACAGGGAAUCAAAGGCUGUUCUGUACAGUUUUACCAGAAACUGUGACCUUGGGUAAGGCUCCUCACUUUUCUGGGCCUCAACUUCCUCAUCUGCAAAAUCAGAGCAUUAGCUGCUCUCCCCAUGAUUCCCUCCCAGUUUUAAUUAAAAGUCUCUGAUCUGGAGCACAUGAGGGUUGCGAGCCUGGUGCACCUGGUUCCUGUCUCCGUGGGCUGGUUUCCUCCAGCCCCUGAUGCCCAGGCUGGGUGCAGGCCCUCAUCUGGUCCAUGCCCAGAUGCUGCCUCAGACAAGAACUCUGGGAAUCCUAACAGACUCUGCUUUCCUCUCUUCGUGGUUUGUCCUCCCUCUUUUAUUCUUGUGUAAUGAUGAGACAUAAUUAAGGGUCAUCUACAAUGGACAAUUUUCAAGGUGCUGAUGUGAUGUCACAACCUCAGCUACAUCCUGAGUAAGUCAGUGUCCCCAACAGCAGAUGAGGCUGGGUCUUUCCUCAUUUCUGCUUCUGGGAUGACAUCAGUGGGAGAGUUGAAGAUCUGAGAAUUCUAAAGGAAAUGUUCUCUGAUGGGAGGAGAGAGGGAACUUAUUUCCCUUCAAAGUAGUUUGCUUCUUAAGACCACUCCUCCCUCCAGAAUGUCUUUAACCAGACAUCAUUUCAGAAGGUGGGGCAGCUGCUUCCUUAGGAAGAGUGGGCCUGAUAGCUCAACCAACUCCUUUAGCAUGUAAACUCACAGAAGGCAAGAACCCCUUUUUUUAGACUUUCCAAAUGCAUCUUGCAAAGAGAGAGAUAGCUGAUAGGGACUGACAAGCACACUGUUUAGAUAAGAAGCAAUUAGCCUUUUAUAUCUGUGCUCUAUACAUUUUCUAUGUGCAGCAUCUUUCCUAACUUGUUGUGGUUCCCGGGUGGCAGGUGCACAGCUGGGAGGGACUGCCGGCUGUUUCGUACAACAUUCUUGCCAAUUCCCUUGAGGAGAAAAUUCUUCACAUGGCUUCUGCAUGUACAGUAUUUGGGCAGCAAAACAUGAUUAAAGUCAGUUUGAAAAUGG